AUGGCUUCCACUAUUUCUGGAUUUAUGCUAAUUUUAUUCAUAGCUGCCGUCGCAAGUAAUAGCAUUUCAGUAGCCGCUUCUACCGCUCUCGCAGGAAGAAAGAUCUUCGAUGUUAGAAACUAUGGUGCUCGUGGUGACGGCAAAACAGACAAUGCUAUUGCGUUUACAAAGGCGUGGAAAGAUGCGUGCCAAUGGAAAGGAAACUCUAGAGUGUACGUGCCAUUUGGAACCUUCUACCUCGGUGGCGUAUCCUUCACGGGUCCAUGCAAAAGUCGGAUUAGUUUCAUCAUCAAAGGAACUUUGCUAGCUCCUAAAGAUGCUAACGCCAUCAAACAAGACACGUGGAUCAUAUUCAGGUACGUUGACUAUCUCACGGUCUCAGGCGGUGGCAUUCUUGAUGGACAAGGAAGCUACUCUUGGCCACUCAACAAUUGUCGCCUAACCCUUAACUGCCGGCCUCUACCUAUGAACAUGGGAUUCCAAUUCGUGAGAUUCUCAAAAAUCAACCACAUCAAGUCGAUCAAUAGCAAGAUGGCUCACCUCAACUUCUUCGCAGUCCAAUACUUUGACAUCACAAGCGUUACCAUUAAGGCUCCCGGAGAUAGCCCUAACACCGACGGAAUCAAGAUAGGUUCAUCAAGCCACAUGAAGAUCCACAAUGUUAACAUCGGCACUGGCGACGACUGCAUAGCGAUCUUGUCGGGGACCACGGAUUUGGAUAUCUUCAAGGUCAACUGUGGACCGGGCCAUGGAAUCAGCGUUGGGAGUCUUGGAAGGUUUAAAGGUGAGAAGAGCGUUCAGGGAUUAACGGUUAGGGAUUCCAUCUUUAACGGUACGACUAAUGGAGUACGGAUCAAGACAUGGGCCUCGUCGGGUACACCGAACUUAGUUUCACAUUUCCUUUACAAGAAUCUUCAAAUGAUUAAUGUCGGAAACCCAAUCAACAUAGAUCAACAAUACUGUCCGAACUCACAUUGCAACCUGAAGUCGUCAGCUUCACAGGUUCAGAUACAAGACGUCAAGUACAAUAACAUUUGGGGGACGUCGAAAGAUAAAGUGGCCGUGAAGUUCCAAUGUAGCAAGAAUGCUCCUUGCAAAGGCGUAGAGCUUCUCAACGUUAACUUAGUGCACCGUGGACCUGACGGUCCAGCCACCGCUUUGUGUGAGAAUGUUGGCGGUCGAGCACGUGGCAAGAUUUCUCCUCAGUCUUGCAUCCGUUGA